CGGUGCCUUCGCUGCGGCCAUGACGUCGAAAAUGUGCGACAGUUAUCAAAACGCACUGGUAGUGUGGUUUGUAGUGGUUAGAGAAGCCAGAAGCCUCUACUUUGUUAGUGUUUUAUUUUCUACUUUGAUAACAAUCUCGGAAAGUAGCUAAAAUGUUACAACCUGAAUUGAUACAGCUUUUGACUGUGAAUGAUUUGGUUGACACAAGCAUCGACACGAUUCCCAAAUUGCCUGUGGGGUUCAGUCCGAAGGGAAGUUUAUUCUGUUCGUUCACAUCACAUAAUACUGAAGAAGGUGAGAAGAUACCUUUUACAUUUACUCCACAUCAGAUACUACUCCAUAAGGACCACGAGUUUUUCGAGGAUGGUGAUAUUCAAAGACACCUGUACCUCCAGAACCUCUCUACCUACUCUGCUGAUGACUUACCCAAUGCCAGGCCGUGUGAGUUCAGGUGUCAUAUAUCUGGCUGCAGCCAGGUGUUCAAUUGCGUAGAAGGUUAUGAACACCACUAUAACACACUCCACAGACAUGUGUGUUCUUCCUGUCAGAAGUCACUGCCUUCCACGCGGCUCCUUGACAUCCACAUCCAGGAGUGGCACGACUCGCUCUUCAGCAUCCUGGCUGAGAGGCAGGACAUGUACCAGUGUCUACUGGAGGGGUGUGGUUUAAAGUUCAGAACAAGAGAACAAAGGAAGGACCAUAUGAUCAACAUCCAUAAGUACCCUUCUGACUUCAGGUUCGACAAGGCAAUGAGGACCAAGAAGAACAAAACAGCAAGGAAGAAUCUGCUGCAGAAAGGUACUGGUAUGGAGGAAUCCAUAAGCAAACCUGAGGGUUCGUCAUACCGACCAGAAGAAGAGGAAUCUAUGGAGCUCCAACCGGCCCUGGACCCUGCAGCAUACCCAGCUGAUGCAGUAGAGAUGUCCACAGAAAUACCCUCUGCACCACCCCUCUCUGUCCCAAUCCCGCUUACCACAAACCAACCGAGAUCUCAGCACAACCGAGGGAUGCAGUCCCACAGGGUUCCUAGGACAGUGUGUUUUGGCCAAGGUUCUGUCCAAGGGUUCAGAGGUCGUGGCAGGAGGAUUUAGAGAUUGGUGCUUUCCUACGGAGCAGAAAAGGGAACAUCCCCUCUCUACCUUCUGGCUAUGCUCAACCUUACAUCUUUAGCCUAGUUCGUUGCUCUGCAUUCUCUGGUUUUGGCUGUCCCAGCCCUAUGGGCGGUUAGCUCCCGCUAAGCCCAGUCAAAGCUGUUCGCUGUUCUGAAAGCUGUGGAACCAGCUUCUUAAAACUAGAAGGUGGAGUCCCCGCACAUAUUUGUGAAAUAUGCUGACACCCUACUGUUUUGAAAAGUAUGAAGAUGAAUCCACAAACUGUGGGUUUUUGCGGAUAAGGGCUAAAAAACUACAAUGUAAAAUAUAGAGAAUCUUAAAACAAUAUGAUUCUCAGAAUGUGGUGAAUGCACAUAAAUCUCAAUGUUAUUUAGUUUUUUUAAUGUUUACAAUAUAAAAUGUCAAAUUCAGUAUACGAUAUUUUUUUCUUUCAUUGAUUUUGCCUU